AUGACUGAUUACACGAAGCGGCUUGGAGAAGUCAACCACAGGCUGCUUCAGACAGGCGUAACAUCAUACCUUCCUACCAUUACUAGCCAGAAACCGGCUGUGUACAAAACGGUUCUCCCACUCCACAAACCGCAAGGUGUGUUGCGUCUUGCCGAGCUGGGCGCCGAGUCACUCGGCGCACAUUGUGAAGGGCCUUUCUUGAACACACUGAAGAAUGGGGCACAUAAUGUGGACGUGUUGAUUGAAGCACAAAGUUUCACAGACAUCGAAGCAUGUUAUGGCAAAGAGAAUCUUGUCUUUGACAGAAGGAAUCGGGCCGCGGCCAUCAAAAUGAUCACGGCAGCUCCAGAGCUCGGUCGGAUGACUUCUUUAAUUCCUGAGCUAGCUUCACAGAAAAUUGUUUUCUCCAUAGGCCACACUGACGCCAGUUAUGAACAAGCUGCCACAGCCAUCAGGCAUGGCGCUUCCAUGGUCACACACCUCUUCAAUGCAAUGAGGCCUCUGCAUCACCGAAACCCAGGCGUUCUGGGCGUGUUGGGACAUGGUCAUGAUUCAGCUCAGCCAUUUUUUGGCGUCGUCGCUGAUGGUAUCCAUGUACAUCCCGCGACAGUGAAUUUGGUAUUUAAAGCGAAUAUGCAGCGAAUGAUCCUAGUCACAGAUGGUAUGCAUCUGCUAGGCUCGCCAGAUGGUGUAUAUCAGUGGAUGAAUGGCGGUUCAUUAUCUACCAUCAAGAAACUGGGUUACAAACUCACUCUUGAAGGCUCAGACACAAUUGCCGGAAGCUGUGUCACUCUUCUUGAAAGUGUCAACAACUUGAUUAAAUGGUCCGGUGCCAGCAUUCCCACUGUUUUAUCGACAGUCACAGCUGCUCCUGCUUAUAUGCUGGGACUGCGCGGGGUCAAGGGCACGCUCGACAUUGGAGCCGAUGCCGAUUUUCUCAUCCUUUCAGAGGUAGAGACUAUGGAAGGCGGGGCAAUUGUAAUAGAUGAAGUGUGGAAGUUUGGUAAACGAAUGUACCAAAACAGUCAAUCAUCUAAUCAGCAUAUUUACAUCUCUAACUAG